UUCCUUUAAAGAUUCGGAUUUUCAUUCAGAUACAUAUUAAAGCACAAAAAAUUUGUGUGAAAAAAUUGGGACUCAAUCAAAUUUUUUUUUUUUUUUGUACUGGAAUUGUUCUUUUUUAUUUAUGAUCAAAAUUCCAAAAACGUCAAAAUGUUUUCCUCAAUUAAUUUUCUAUUUUUAAUAUCGCUGGCGGUUACGACGUGGAUAAUUCUCUGUUAUUUCAAACAAAUCGAACUGCAACGAGAAGAGCAAAUGACUGUUGAGAUCCAAAUGGAUAAAGCAUUCGAAGAAAAUCUGAAGUCCAAGGGUUGCUUGGAGAAUUAUGACAUUUAUUUGAAUUUCCUGGCCGUGUUUGCAUGUAUCUAUGCCUUGGCAAAGGUGACCUCGGUCGCUGAAAGUUAUGUCGCACAACAGGUGCACGCCCGCAUCAAGCACGCAAAACUCUUCAGCAGUAAAGAUGUGGAGCCAACGACUAUUGAGGAAUAUCGCCUGCAACAUAUACGUCUCACAAUGCAGAUCGAUUACUUGGAACAAAAAGUGAACCAACUGGAGAAGACCAAUUUUAUGCUGGGAGAAAAACGACUUGUCAAUGCUGAUAAGCCAACAAGCGCCAACAAAAUGCAUACCAACGGCAUUAGUCAGAAAGAAACCAUUAAUGAAAAGAAAGCACUCUCCAACGAUAUGACGCAAGCCUGUGUCUGUGGUAGAAGCAGCAGUGCAGUGGGUAGCAUAGAUGUCGGAGGUGCUGUCUGCGGUAGCAUUGGGACUGUCCAUGGCAAAGGUGACACAAUUGAAGACAGUGUUGAAGCUGAAGAAGUGCUCAAUUUUCGUAACGUGCUCAUACAAUAUCAUCACUUUCAACUAACACGUCAGGUAUAUGUGAAUGACGGCAAUGUAAAGUUGCAAUUUCAAGACUUUAACCAAGAAGGUGGCACCAUCACGCAAAUCUGGCAAAAAUAUUUGGAAAUGCAAAAAUAUGCUAUACAAAAGCCGACCUCGUCUGAGACAGCGACGAAAGUGGCAAAUACUGUGCCUAUUGUUGUGUCCACCGAAGAAUUACAAACGAUGAAAGGUAGAAACCGGCAGAGCGGCAAACGCCAACCACUAGGUACAUACUCUACCACAUCAACCGAAAAAUUAUCGUGCCAUUACACUUCACAAGCAUACAGGCACAUACCACAAACAACUCUCACUUUACCUAUAAAAAUUUAUUAUAAAAAUAUAUUAGUAUGUCUACUGUGUUGGUACUUGUAAA